AUGCCCGCGGACAACGACAAAGAGGCCUCCAACCACCUGUCGCCGAAUACAGCGCCCGGCAAUUCCGUAGCUGGGUCGGGAUCUGCAAAUAGUGCCGGCACCUCCAAAAGAGUGAGAAGACCGAAAGCGUGCAAACAGUGCCAUGCACUCAAAGUCCGUUGCACUCCCUUAAACGAAAACGACCCUUACCUGCCUUGCGUUAGGUGUUCAAACUCUGGGAAAGUGUGUGAGAUCGAGGUGGACCAGCCUCGGAAAAGACGCCGCCGGGCUGCGGGCAACGAAACCGUAGCCGAGCUCCAGGAUCAGAUUGCUGAGUUGAAGGAACAGCUCAGGCAGCUGAACGCUCAGCUCCAGCAGCUGCAGCAGCAAGCUCAGCAGAGUCAGAUUAAGCCUCCAAUCAGCCCCAGUGCUGCGCUGAAUGGUACCCCAAGGGUUGGCGUUGCUGCUCAUCAGAACACCCCAACGGAUGAAGACCUGCCUUUUUUUGUUUCAAAAGCGGACUUGGAAAGAGAAAUGACUUUGCUCACUGAAGGCGGCUGCCAUCUCAGUGACAUCAUGAACAUCAUUCAGGAAAGAAACGAUUUCCGAAGGUCUCAAUUUCAGACAAAAAGAGUGAAGGACGUGGUUUCGGCAGGAAUCAUCUCCAAAGAAGAAGCCGCGGCUAGAUUAAACAUCUACAGAACAGAAGUGUACAGCAGGUAUCCAUUUGUGGAAAUUCCGGAGCUGAUUUCUGUGGAUGAGUUCAUUGAGACCUUGCCUUUUCUUUUCAAUACAGUGGUCUCUAUUGCAUCACUAGUGAUAAACCUGUCAACCGACCAAAAACAAUGUCUGCUGGUGGAUAUUUUUGCCAUGGAGGCAGUUUGCAAUGAAGUGCUUGUAUGGGGAAGCAAAAGCGUGGAGCUUAUCAAAAGUCUUAUAUUGCUUUCACUAUGGUACAAUCCCCCAGAGCUUUUCAAGCAGCGCCGUUAUCACAUUCUCAACACUGUUGCUGUGAGUCUUUUACACGAUUUGGGCAUUGUUAGCCGGCCCUCUUACGCCUAUCUGACUGAAAACAGAACCAUAGUCAAACUGCAAGAAGAACAUACAUCCAUAGAAUACCGUGCGUUGAUCAUGAUUUUAUACAUCAGUACAGUGGGAUUUUGUCUCAUACUCCGAAGAAACAUCUACGUCAAGUGGACUCCCUACGUCAAUGAAUGUUGCUCAUUGUUAGAGAAGGAGGGGAACGAAAGGUAUAACGACCUUGCGACCUUCCUGCGACUCAAUCAUGAACUCGAGAGAAUCCACCACAUCGUGCAUUCACCUGAGGCAUCCGAAAAUAGAGCGAAAGUAUCGAAAUAUGUGAUAUCCGAGUUUCAAGUCAUUCUAGGGUCUUUAUUUGGCAGAAUUAACCCAGUGAACUACCUCGGAAGAGCGUACUAUUUCUCUGUUGAAGCAUAUCUCCAUCAGCCAGAUUUUAAUAGUGUUCAAAUCAUCAACGAAGACGGUACUGGAUGUGCCCUGAAGCUAAAUUCGGCAACACUUAAGUCGAUAUCUCAGUGCACAGUUUCCUGUCUCCGUGCUUUGGACGAGGUCGCUAAGCUUAAGCCUGCGGAUAUCGCAGCCUUGCCUUUGGUAUACUCUUCGAGAAUCAUCUAUACGGCUGGCAUGUUACUACGAAUGAGGUACCUAAUCUUAUCAUUACCCUCGUAUAUCGAGAAGGAUUUGGUCCCUCGGUAUGCAAUUCUGUCGAUCCAAAGAUUAAAAAAACUUCUUCAAGUAAGUUCCGAGACCUAUCCGGCGAACAACUUUUUAUUAAAAAUGCGUCUUAUUUUGCAAUUAUUUAUCCAGACAUACGUCACCCAAGUGCUGGACUUGUUGCAAAGCCAUAAUGAGACCCCCAGUCAAUUCAGGCCAGUUUCCAAAGACUUCAGUAAAAAUGAGAGAAGACAAAUGGCUCUUUUGGCUACUGACAUGUAUAAUAUUGGUGGUGGCGGAAUGAUGACAGUCGACUCAGGCCGAUACAACGCUCCAGCAAUGCAUUUGGAUCUACUAUCAUACGCUGCUUCUUUCAGACGGCAAAGUGACGAUGGCGGAAAGGCAAAUGAUGAUCACAAAAAGGAAAAUGGAAUGAAAGGCGGCGAAGCCAUACCUCCUUCGUUACAUAACAGUGAGUUUCGUGAUCCCGUUGGUGGUGUUGGACCUAAAGUACCACAACCAAACUUCCUUCUGCGCCCCAUGAAUCCAGGAGACCCCAAUAGCGUGAAUGCCAGCACUCCUUAUACGAGAGGGGUUGGCGGUGUUCCCUUACCCAUUCCCACCUACAUGCAACAGUCCUACCUGUUUCCAGAGCUGAACAAGCUGUCAACAACUGUCUACGAUAGCAGCAGGAUGGCGCUGAAUGGUUCUCCUAAUCCAUCCCAGAAUGACGGCAUGGGCUAUCAGAAUCCUUCUCUUGACCUGAAUUUGGGAGAGAUUUUGGGCAAAGAUCCCUUUCACAGCAUCAAUGAGGAGUUUUGGCUGAAUUUAUUGAGUGCAGACUCCAAUAAAAUUCACUUUGCGCAAGACAUACCGGGUCCUAAUGACGAAAUCUUCUUCAUGAACUAG